CGCAAAGACUCUGCACUUCAUGCUCGCUUUGCAGGAGAAGAAGAAGAAGAAGAAGAAGAAGAAGAAGAAGACGUAGGAGAAAUAUCCCUGGGAAUAUAUUUUCUUUUAUUUUGAAAGGAUCAGACACUUCGCCAUGCCAGUCGACAGGAUGAAGAUGAGGCCGUGGUUAGAGAUGGUGAUCGACUCCAACAAAAUCCCUGGUCUGACUUGGCUGGACAAGGAGAAGACCAUGUUCUCCAUCCCGUGGAAGCAUGCGGCUCGACAUGGAUGGGAUCUGGACAAGGACGCUUGUCUCUUCAAAGAGUGGGCCAUUCACACAGGGAAAUACAAAGAGGACGGAUCCCGCGACGCCAAAACGUGGAAGGCCAACUUUCGCUGCGCCAUGAACUCGCUGCUGGACAUCCAGGAGGUGAAGGACAGGAGCAUCCACAAGGGACAGUCGGCCACGCGCGUCUUCCGCAUGCUGCCUGUGGCUAAGAAGCAGAGAGAGAAGCGGAGCAGAGUGAAGUCCAGGAAGCAGGUCCAGAUGGCGCAGGAGGAGACGGACGGCAGCGAUACGCAGUCGCCGCCCGAGUCGUCGCAGCCGUGGGACAUCCCACUGGCCCAGGAGAACGUGGUGGACAGCACGGUGGACGUGGGGAUUCAAGACACGCACUUGUCGUACUUGCCGUUUGAUGGCGAGAUGGCGGAGGACCGACUGGGGAACAAUUUCAUCCAACAGUUCCAGAUUUCACCAGAACACAGCCCCGAGUACGUCGCAGAGAUUUGCCAACAAAUGGAGAGAGACGCUCAAAACAUCGCCACCAUGAACAGUUUAGACAUUUGGGGCUUCCUGAGCAAUGAGGCGAGGACCAGCCCGGGGAGCCAGGGGAGUGACGCUUACUCAGACAGUGCCCAGUCCGUGCGAACAGUCGACGACGGAGACGACUUGCGGUACACCACGCUGAGCUCGGAAUACGUGCCCAUGGAUGACAAAUUUGGCUCGAUCCACGGCUAUCAGUUGUUCGAUACGAGCUUCGACGUACUGAUUUCCCGGGACCGCUUUGAAGAUUGCUGAGUCAGCAAGACUUUUUUGUGCGCCACUCUCAGGAAAACGAAGCAGUGUCAUCGUUGGACCAUGUGACUUUUUGUAUUAUAACUGAAUGUAUCUGUACAUAGUUGUCUUUUACAUGUGUGUAUUUUUUUUAAAAUAAAAACAAAACA